AUGUCGGCCACUCCUUUUUCCGUCCGCGGAGUAUCAAUGAAGGAUUUCUGCCAACAGUUUACGAGGAAGACAACACUUAGAAGCAACAGGACGUCGAAAGCUAGCGAAAGUUCCGAGGCGAAUUUUCAGCUUUACUAUCUGAGGAUAGACAUCCCAGACCAACUCUUUCCCGAAUACAUAAUGGUACUUGAGGACCUAAGGACAAACACUUGCCAAUACUACUCUUUGGAACGUAAUUCCGGGGGUGAUAUCAUCAGUCCAUUGAAAUGGAAGGUGACCACGACACCGCUGAGAGCUCCGGGCACUCACACCGCGCUAUGCAAGUUGAGCACGUGGAAUUGGCAACAGGCAGAGAAGGCGAUGGUUGACACCAUCAAUGAGCUGAAUACCAAGCCUGAGCCUGCAGUACAGGCUCUGUUUCCAUACGUGAUUGCCUAUAAUCUCGACUGGUGGUUGACAACUUACUUCCUGGGCAACAUGCACCGCUGUGGGUUUAUGGAUGACCAGUCCCUACAUCAUGUCUCCGAGGUCUUACAGUCCUCCUGGAAACAUGAGGGGGAAUAUGCAUGGCCUCGGUUUGAUCAGGCUUGGGAGUUAACCAAGGAGGGACUCACGGCCCUUGAUGGAAAGAUUGACGCCUGGCGAGAGCAGUGGGAAGGGCAUGACUGCGGCCUUGGCAUUGCAGUACCGACUCAAAUGUCAUGUGGAUUAUCAGAAUGGGAACAGCACAUCAUUCGUCAGGCUCGUAGGGGUUAA